AUGUUCUGUUCUAUUUUAGAGUGUUACCAUUACACGUUCCUUAACGAGUCCAGCAGAGCAAACUCCUUUUACAACAUCAGUAUUGACUUCCUUUGUGAUGAUGAUCUUAACGGAUGGUAUCGCUUUGGGGGAGAUGCUGGAAAGCAAAUGGCGGAUUCAUGUGUUCCCGAGUUUCGAUGUGGCGCAGAACUGCCGGGUUGGCUGAAUGGCAGUCAUCCUGAAAUAGCUGAGGGUGCUGUCCGACGCAAAGUUUGUUUCCGUUACAAAAACAAUUGUUGUGAAUACUCAACAAGCAUCACAGUCCGUAACUGUGGAGGAUUCUACGUCUACCAACUUGGGAAGCCCCCAAUUUGUAACUUUCGUUACUGCGGCAACGGAACACACAAACCAAGUGAGAAUUUAAUUUUCCCGUAUAACCUGCUUUGUCAGUUAUUCUCAACCUUCUCUUCCCUCAGCCACCAAGUCAACCCCUUCCCCCUUCGCAAUUUGCGACGCCGGAACCUUGGAUCCCGGAAGAUUUGUUUCUCGGGCCUUCCUCGCCUCUUUUUACGCCUCAAACACGAUAGUAUAUUUUCGCUUCUUCGUAUAUCAAACACGGGACACAAUGUUUAUCGUCAUUACCGAGGAAAGCAUUAAAAAUAUAGGAAGCGUAGCCGAGUGUGACAGAUUUUUUUUCCCGACGAUUCAAAUACAACGAACUCGAAAACCGUUCCAGAUACAAGACUCCGACUACCACUGAUGCCACUUACUGUCAUUACAAACAACCAGGUGGUGACUACCAUUACACUCAAACUACUCACUUUUAACUUCGCAGUUGUGGGCCAAAUGCCCCCCACGCCGUAAGCAAUAAAGUUUCAAGUUUUCAUGUGCGACAUCUGUGAAUAUGGUGCUUAGGGACCUGCACUUAGCCGUGUUGGUCCUGUUGUCAUAGCUAAGGACUUUAAUUUUGUUGCUUUUAUUACUCUUCGGCACUUUUCUCCGACUUCCUUUCUUAUUUUAAGCACCUUGCCUUUACUUUAAGGGUUUAGAAUAUUAUGAAAUUGCGUUUCUAUCUUAUAAGGAUUCUCCUAUCAGAUUGGAAAAGUAGUCGUUUCGAAGACAAGGCAGCAAUGGAGUCGCAACAGCAGCAAAUGUGAAGCGUCGACUCACUGUACAUUGCCACGUUGCACAGAGGUGACUUUUCAUAGGGAAUUCGGUGGAUCACAGACUGUAAGUAUUUAUGACUGCAUACCAAGAUGUGAUUCCGCACUUUUAAAAUGGACUAAGCUAUGAGCUUAAACUUAACGUCAUCGUUAAAUUCAUGAACAAUGUUUCCCCGGGGAAUUUUAAAUGAGUCAAGGAACUAAUGUGUAUUCCAACCCUUCAUCAACAAAGAGUCAAGAAUCGAAAAAAAUAAUGAUAAUAAUUCGCCAUCUUUUGGGUAAUGUUACCAGACAGUUUCGUGUUAAAGUUAAUCUCAGAAUAUCGAUUUCUCAGUUGAAAUGACUUCAAGUUAGACCAUAGAAGCACUCGGUGUUUUCUUGAAAAUAAUUGUAAAGGAGACAAAAAAAGACGUUACAACGGUCGAUCAAAACGACUAAAACAAGGAGAACAGCUGAAAGGGAACAAGGACUUCGAUGGACUGACAGUGGUAUGUCAAUGCCACUGGCGCGCUCUAUCUGUUUUUAUUUAUACGUAAAACUAUUUCUAACCGAUGCAUUUCAGGUCCGCGUUUUUGUGUCACUGAAUCAUGAAGAAAACUCGUCGAUGGCUCACACGCCUUCGGCUCUAUGGGCAGAAUCCAUCAAUACAGUUGGAUUUAAACUAUGUUCGCGCACGGCGGGUAAUAAAAACGACACGGGAAUUAUCAACUGGUUAGCGUUCGAAGACCAGCCAAGCACAGACAUAACGCAUGGAAGCGUUGCUCUUAGUGGAAUAUGGACAACAGAAACCAAGUGUGAAAAAGUGGCCUUUUCUCAGGUUAGAUCAUGAAAUUAGUUAACAAUCUGUUGAAAAUAAAGUACAAAAAUGCUGCUUGUAAGAACAACACUUUUUAGCAGGAAUGACAUCGUGCUUUCUGUCAUUUCUCAAGGUUUUUUGGUAUCUAACACAUUAACGUCAAUCAGUGGCGGACGGAGGAUUAUGUGAUAGAGGGAACCUAGAGAUAUAGUAACUGUACACAGUGGCAAUAUGAGCGCGAUAGCGCCCAUCAGGACUGCGAACGGCGCACUUUUCUAGGGAGUUUCGGGCGCAUGGUCCUCCGGGAAAAUCUUUGAGAUUGAAGUUCUCUGAGAUGCAAUCUGGUGCAUUCUGGACGCUUGAAUUUUAUGAUGCUAGCGGGGGCCGACGCGAUUACGGCGAGAGUACAACCUCCCAGCAAAGUCAGCAACAUUGUAUCCCUGAAAAAUUGUCAAAUCCAGUUUGUUUGAGAAGGAUAUUUACUGCAUGCGUUUUGGGAGCUUUGGUCAUUUGCGACCAAAAAUCUAGGCCUCGAACACAGAUUCAAAGAAGAUUUAUAUUAAAAAAAUUCAACAAAGGAAAUGCAUCCCAAGGAUAUGACUCUAAGACCAAUCAUAAGUAAAUUCAUUGCAUGGGAUUGAUAAAUGUCAUCCUUCUCUUGUUGCGCUUGGCAUAGUCGUCAAUAAUUACAUCAUAAUCCAGAGCAACGUCCUUGUAAAUAAAGAGCAGCGAUAGUGCGUUAAGGCGGUCUUCUCUCAUGGUGCUUCCAAAACAACUCUUUACAAAGCGCAGUGACGAGUUGCUACCUUCCACAGUUGCACUUGGGACAGGGCCGAUCAUUAGGAGCCGCAAAAUUGUGUGGAGUUUGGAGUAUAGGCCUUUGUUGCAGGCUGCCAAUUCUUCUUGUAAAAUGGAGGGUUUUUCGGUUCUAUUGAUCCUGAAAAUGAAAGCAACCACUUACAUAUAUCGCAAGACAGAAAUGGUUUCCUUCGCGUAUCACUGAAAAAACGUUUCAUAACCAUGUACAUGAGUACAUAUAAACUUAGUGAAACUGUGCUGUAUUCUUAGUAGAUUUGAAAUAUGAUUGCCAUACCAAAAGCGCUUCCACAGCUCUGGCUCCUGAGACGCACUGCUUGGCAAUGGAAGAUCGGGCAAAUAGUGACGAAUAACUUUCUUUUGAGAAGACUUUUAAAACUUCUGCAAGUUGGCAGGUAUCAGUAGCAUCUUAAGGGCGGUUGACUCGAACAACGUUCGAUGAAUUUUCUUUUCAACAACGUUUAUUAAAGAAAAUAUAGUUAAGUAACAAAACUCGACGUACCACCCGACACACGUUUACAAAAGAAAAAAAUACCCCCACAAAAAGGGGGGCCUGGGCCUCCUGGGCCCACCCCUAAAUCCGCCCUUGUUAACGUUGUCAAAACCAAGGCCUCUGUCCCGGAUUAAUAGAUGGAUGAAAUUUCAGUCAAUCUACGUCCAUUUCAUUGUCCAUAGGCUCAUUUCACCUCGUAUUUUGUCUUCCAGAGCUUUGCCUCUAAGCCGUACGUGUUUGUUUCCGCAAAGUACGGCCGCAGUACAAAGCCAACUGAUGCUGUUUAUGUAUGGUUGGAGAAUGUAAAUUCUGAAGGUUUCGAAGUUUGCAUCAGGAAAUUCUUGCCUUUUGAUGGAAAACACAGAGAUACAAUUGUGGUACGUGGGAAAUAACGAUAAAGUAUACACGUAACAUAGAUAUAUGUUUUUUUUCGGGAAUCCAUCGUCAUUUCACCAGCUGUGAUCUAGGACAAAGAAUAGGUAGUGUCUGUCGUCCCGCAAUGCUCCAUAUUAGGUCCUUUUAUAUUUAAUUUGUACUUAGCAGAUCUCCAGGACCAUAUACUAUGCCACUGUUUAACAGGUUAUCUUUUUUAGGUUAAUGCGUUUUUAGAAUUUCUGCAAAAACCGGAAAGGGAAAAGUAACAACCUCUCUUGAUAUGAGGCAUGAGCCAACUAGUACUUCGAAGGCUAUCAACUAAAACAGUAAAAUGAUGAUGAAUUCUCCAACUUAAGUUGGAUCAUUAUACGUUUCUGGUUUUCUUUCACCGACAGGACUGGUUCGCAUUCCUCAGGCUUGACAACGUGGCUGCCGGAGAAAAGUUCUUUCCAAAUGACGGAUACCCGUCAGCUCAGGACAACUAUGGCUUCUGCCAGGUGAGUGGUAGCUGUCAAUUAGCUGUCAAGGUACCAAAGACUAUUUUAUAAGAAUGUUUUGUUUGUGCUUUACUACGUUCAUCAAUGAGAACCACGAUCCUUUAUCCUGUGCCACAGUCGAAGCUAACCUUUGGUUAAGUCCGUCUGCGAAACAACGAGGAAAUCCUUGGUCUGGGCCCUCACAUGUUUAAGAGGAUUUGAGUACGCGCCAUAAUUGGUCUGUUUAAAAUGCCAUUGUCGAUUUUACAGUCAGGUCGAUGGGAAAUACAAAACGUAUUUCAGAACAAGUAUAUCCCAGGAAAGAAAGGACACCCCAGAACAAGGAUACCGGCGCGCUUUGCAGACGUUACUAACCGAGGUUAAAUUACGUUUACACGCAGGCUACGAUUCUUAAGCUUAGUGAAUUCCUUAUUUCUUACAGGACGUUUCUUUCAACAAAACAUUCCACGAGUCACCGGUUGUCCUUGUUUCUGUUAAUCACCGAUACAACCGCCAUGCGAAGGACUGGUUUCUCCCGGAAAAUAACAUAAUCUCGACCUGGGUGGAGGUAGGUUUGUGUUUCGUUCUUUAUACUCACGCCAUCAGAUAUUCCAAAAGGGAAACUUUUAAAUUUUAAACCACAGUUACACUUUGGUGUGCUCAUUUUCUACUGUUCUCGCCAUUAGCAUGAAAACGGUUCUCACUAGCAGAAUGAAAAUCUACUAAAGUGAAAACGCGCUUCUUUUGUAUUAUAAUAAGUUGCUUGUACUUGGCUGUAUUUGCAGAAUGUUGGCUUGGAAUCUAUGAGGAUAUGUGUUAAAGACCUCAGUGGAUCAGGUCCUAAUCAUGACCCACUUACUGUAGCCUAUGCUGUGUUUGGAGGUACAUUUUUGACUUAAGGUUGAUUUCCACUGGCGCGUAAUUUUUCCUUGCGAACGCACGUAAAAUAUACGCGCGUAAAUGAAAUAGAGAAAAUGUAUGGAAGGUCACGCGUAAACGUAAAAGUUGAACCUUGCUCAACGUUUACGCUUACGCGUGACCUUUCAUACAUUGUCUCUAUUUCAUUUACGCGCGUAAAAUUUACAUGCGUACGCACGUAAAAAGUACGUGACAGUGGAAAUCCACCUUUAGGCCCCUUGAGAAAGCUCCGCGGCUCGUUGGUUGAAACUCCUUCAAACACAACUCCACUAAAAUAUCGAACCUUUUUUUCAAUAUAGACAUAGACCCUUGUCUCAACCUACAAUGCCCUCGAUUUGGAGUCUGCACAGCAUAUAAUGCGUAUGGCGGUCGCUGUGAAUGUAAUGAUCAAUGUCCAUCGUAUCAAGAUCCAGUGUGCAUUGCGAGCGGUACGACAUACGACAAUCAAUGCUGGCACAGGCUCGGCUACUGCAGAGGAUUUGAGAACGACCCCCGUAUCUACCAUCGGGGAAGCUGUGAAGGUAAGCAAGACCGUAAACUGCCGCUCCUCAACCGUUAUAGGUCCCCCCAGAUACAAGCCCUCAUCUAGCUUGUAUUGAAAUGAAUUCGAUUUAUUAUGACGUUCUAAAGCUUGAAAUAAACUUAAGUUUAACUUGUUUAUAUAAAUGUGGUAGAUUUUGAAAAGUUGCUUCCUAUUAUAUAAAGCACACAGAAUUAUGGUAAAAAUGCGAUAAUUAGCCUCCAUGAAUACCUUAAAACCAGUAAAUGUCAAACGCACUUUGAUCAGUCACUGCUAAAGAUGUUCCAAAGAAUCCCCGAAGUGCUUUUUCUAUUCUAGUUAUAAGCCCCGGCGGGUAUAGGCCCCUCCGUUUAUUUAUAAGUCCUCCGAAAACUCGAUACGAAGACGUUAAGCCCAGGACUUGCGGCAGUUUACGCUAUGAUGCAAUAAAAUAACUUGGACUAGAGUUGCACCAAGCUGAUUUUUGGUGAAACAUGAACUAUUAUAAGCGAGAAGGAUUGACAUGCCUCGUGGCUUUGCAGAUGUAGCGAAAUUUCAAACAUCAGAUUUGAAGUGGCUCCGCUCAGCAAAAUAACGUUAAUUAUUACGCAUCUUUGUUGUUGCCAGCACUGUUGCUUUAUGGGAAAGUACUGAAUACAAUAAGAACUCUAGCAAAUAAAUUUCAUGGGCGACAGACUGUAAAUAUAUGUUGCUUCUAUCAAUAUCUAAAUGGAGGAAGUAAUCAUCAUUAGGGUACCUAAAACGAGAUUAAUUCCAUAAUUAUUUUUUGCUCUAUUAGAUCCCAAAUUGCAAAACAUUUUGGGAGUGGCCAUCCACAAAGUGAGCAGCACAUGUAAUGAUCACAGGACAUUUUUGUUAUGGUCAUUAACGACACAAAAUAAAAUACAAUCCGUACAUAUACGACGUCACAUUACACACUAGACGUAAGUCGGCGAAAACGUCAAUUAAACAACUGAACAAGCAACGCAAGCGCACUAGACAAAAUUCAAAAAAAAAAAAGGACAUAAGCAAACUUGGGUGCGCAUCGGCAUCCAGCUUAACGGAAGCGCAGGGCAUAUGAAUAAGAGACAUUGAAAUCAUGAGAUUAACUUAUGACAUGAAUCAAAUAUUACUAUAAGUUGAUACGUUUUGUUGAACAGUUUUUCCUAUUGUGCGGGGCCGAGAAGACCUUCUCCGUGUUCCAAAAUGGCUCGAUUCAAGUUGUCAGACCGUUACAUUCCCACCAUACCGGUUCUACCCGGAUAAACAGGUUCAUGUCCAAAUAACUGUCAAUCAUAUCAAAUUGAAUGACUCUGUUAAAGUCCACGACGCGGUGACUGCAUGGACAGAAAACAUCAGCGUAAACAACUUUACAGUUUGUGCCUUGCAAGCAGGAAGGAAAAGAGAGAAAUUUACCCCUUUUGCCAGCAUUGAUUGGGCUGCCUAUCAAGGGGAGCCUCCUGAAGCACUCACGGGAACCGUUAAUUUGCCCAAAUGGUGGAGUGGUACAAACUGCGAGAAGGUGACGUUUCCCAAGGUACGAUGGGAACAUUUUAAAUGUUUCACGAACCGUUUUCCUUGUAUGCAGAAGUGCCGAAUAAUAAUCAUGACGAUGAAGGGAAUUUUGCAUGGGCUUAAUUGGUGUCUGCUACAUGAAACAAAAACACCAAACAAACGAAAAUUAUCAUCGUAAAAUGAUGCGAAAAGUUAGACGUAAUUUAUAGUUGAUAUCGGCAUAUUACCUAAAACCUAGUGCCGGACCGCAACAUGCGCAGUGCUGUAGGGAAUUACAUCUUCGCUCGGUUUUCAUUUCAGUAGUCCUAAACCAUCUAUAUAUGACUGUUUCAUCCGUAUUUUUUAAAACCUUGUAAGGCUCCGUCGAGUGAACACUACCACGGAUUGAUUUAUCUUACAGCCUUUCGUCCACACUAAACAGGAUGAAUAUUGUCUACCCAAAACAGCACUUUUCGGAAACGCUUUUCAUGGAUCUCUGAAAACUCACUGUAUUCAUUUUGCCAAAAAAGAUGCGUUUUGAAAUUUAUUCGGACUAGUGUGGAAGGAAAACCGUUUACAAUGCUUUUUCCAAUUUCUCCAUUUUCCAUUUUUUUCUGAUUAAUAUGGUCAGUGCGCGUAAAAUAGCCUCCUUAACUCAAUCUUUUUCAAAUUGUUUUUUAGUUGUUGUUAUUUUCAGAACAUUCCAAUUUUGACAAACUUACUCGCUUUUUUAUCAGGGAAGUUUCACUGAGGCCCCAGUAGUCCUUGUGACUUCAGAGCACCUGAAAACAGGUCAAGAGUAUGAUGCCGCUCUCAUCUGGACCGAAGACGUAACAAGUAGCUCAUUUCAAGUUUGUCUUCGAGAACUGCAAAACUUCGAUGGUAAACACGAGGAUAUUAGUGUGGUAUGUGUCAGAAGUAAAACUAGAGGCAUGUUUAUUGCUCUUAAAUGGAAAGGGACAACUCGAGAAUCAUUUCUUUCAUGAAAAGUUGUCGCUAAGCAAGGUUCUUUGGGCCACAUAAUAGCAACAUAAUAGGCGGCAUAAUAGCCCAAGUCGUCUCAAACAGGCGAUCGACACAGUUAUAUAGAAACACUUCUGAUGCGAUGCGAGACUAUCCAAACAAUUAGGGCGAUCGCAAUUACGUGGAUACGACUGAAGGUUUAAAUAGUCGUUCAGAACGUUGGGAUCCGGUCCAAGUCGUCGCAGAACAUUGAUUGAGGCUACGAAGACCAAGCCUUUAAUUAAUCGUACAAUCUUUCGCAUUUACCAACUUGUGCCAAUUCAAUUCAAUUCAUUUCGUCAUAACUUAUUUGCUAAUCUUAAAAAGUUACAUGCCUUUAUAGGUAUAUACGUUCAUUUUAUUUGGUUAAUAUUAAGCUUAAGGUUUGAGUAUGGUGGCCAAGUUAACCAUUCAGUUUUCUGGUUGGCCCCCAUACUGCAAAAUACUUUUCUUUUAAUACAGGCGGAAAAGAGAACCAAACGAGACGCUGUGGGACCGUAUAUUUGGGCGUCGAUGAACUAGGCGUGUGUAAAGUUUUUUUGUGUAUUGGGAUGUGUUGGUAGUGCAGUAGUGUAUAUUUUAAGGGUUGGUUGAGAUAUUUGAAGUGGAAGGCGUGGAGUUAUAUUGGACGUGGAUUGGUAAGAUAAUGACUGUAUUUUGUUAAUCAGUGAAACUGGUUUCUCGUAGAAUUUAAUAUGAAGUAACAAAAACUAAUUUUUUGGGGAGGUAAAAGUGAUUUUAGGUGUUGCUGUGAGGUAGUUGUGGGUGUGCUAAUUUCGUUACAAGGGGAUAGUGUAGUUUCAGACUGCUGAAAUGAAGUGGUGGUUUUGAAAGAUCUUAUCAACAGUCGAUUGUUUUUCGGUUAUUUUUUAUAAUAUUUGUAUGGACAGAACGUGGAUAAGGGAAAGUUCAUUUAAUAUGGAGAAUUGAAGUGGGUAUGAAGAUGUUGGGAGAGGGGCUGAAAUUUUGUGUGUGUCUUUUUUUGUGCAAGGACAAUUAUUUUCUAAAGGGAAAAUCUAAAUUAUUUAAUAGUUUCACUGAACCUUGUUUUUUCAAUACGUUUGAUUUCUAUUCCCGAUUUGUUUGCUGUGCCUUAUCUGUGCAAUGUAUGUAACGAGGAUAAAUGCUGUGUCGUAACAAAUCGCGCGGCAGACAUUCUACUCGCGUCGCUCGGCUUGUUUACUUGGCUUGUCUACGUUCGCACGUAUUGCGUGCCUAUUACAACUUUGAAUCAAAACAAGCGAUUUCGAUUAUUCUAUUUGGGCGACGCUCAAAUAAUAACAGUUACAGUAAGAUAGAUUUGAGAGAUGGUUGGCACAAGUUCCUUCUUGAGAAGGUUCUAAUAACCUGCUCAUUUGUAGCCAUAAAGACCUAUCAAACGUGACCAGCCGCUAUAACGACAUAUACGCCCGGAGUCUUCAGAAAAAUUGCUGUAUUGAAAACAAUUAUUCUAACAGGACUGAAUUACGAUGACAAUAUCAUUGCAGAGUCAAUGUAGCUUACAACCACUAAUUUCAAUGAAUUCUCGUCGGCAGAACUGGUUUGCGUUCUCUAAACUGCUGAAAACGUCGUUGUCUAUAGAGCACGGCGGCACAGAUUUUCCAGGGACUAAAAACUCUAACCCACCACCGUUGGAUGAAAAUAAUAAUGCAUACUGCAAGGUAAGAAUAGACUAGAAGUUAAUACGUAUCACAUUUAUUAUACGAUUGGUUGUUAAACGUUACUCACAGUUUUGUGGAACUUUAGCGAAGGAAUGGUGAAACGUUUUAACUAAAUGUUUUCGUGUAUUUCUUGUUUUUCAGUUCGUGUUAUUCAGAAUAAGUUAUAGAUCGACUCCAACAGUGCUCAUCGCUGCUAGUCACAACACAAACGUAUCCGGGAACUCAGCACCAGUUCAUAACGGUAUUUCCACGUGGAUUGAGGUAAAAAUCGCCCUAGUUUGAUACUAUUUCAGGUCAGUUGGAAGGGUAACGGAGCUUCCCGCCGAUCAUAAAAGAAAACUUCUAUUAGCGCUGUGAAUAGAUGCGUUGACAAUCAAAGAAAUUGGAUGUUCAAGGAAGGAUUAAUUAAAACNCCGCUAUAACGACAUAUACGCCCGGAGUCUUCAGAAAAAUUGCUGUAUUGAAAACAAUUAUUCUAACAGGACUGAAUUACGAUGACAAUAUCAUUGCAGAGUCAAUGUAGCUUACAACCACUAAUUUCAAUGAAUUCUCGUCGGCAGAACUGGUUUGCGUUCUCUAAACUGCUGAAAACGUCGUUGUCUAUAGAGCACGGCGGCACAGAUUUUCCAGGGACUAAAAACUCUAACCCACCACCGUUGGAUGAAAAUAAUAAUGCAUACUGCAAGGUAAGAAUAGACUAGAAGUUAAUACGUAUCACAUUUAUUAUACGAUUGGUUGUUAAACGUUACUCACAGUUUUGUGGAACUUUAGCGAAGGAAUGGUGAAACGUUUUAACUAAAUGUUUUCGUGUAUUUCUUGUUUUUCAGUUCGUGUUAUUCAGAAUAAGUUAUAGAUCGACUCCAACAGUGCUCAUCGCUGCUAGUCACAACACAAACGUAUCCGGGAACUCAGCACCAGUUCAUAACGGUAUUUCCACGUGGAUUGAGGUAAAAAUCGCCCUAGUUUGAUACUAUUUCAGGUCAGUUGGAAGGGUAACGGAGCUUCCCGCCGAUCAUAAAAGAAAACUUCUAUUAGCGCUGUGAAUAGAUGCGUUGACAAUCAAAGAAAUUGGAUGUUCAAGGAAGGAUUAAUUAAAACGAAAUUUAUGUAGAUAAGAACAAGUCAAAAACGACGUAAAAUUAAUAUUGCACAUAAUAGUAUGUACUUUCACUGUACUUUUGGUGAAUAUGACAUCUGUGCAUGCGCAGGUUUGCGCUUUAAAAAUCUGUGCAUGUGGUUUGAUAAUAGGGAACUUAAGCAGCAGACCGUCUUGGUACCACGGAAGUAUUUUGCAGCAUGACAGCCACUGCGCAUGUCAAGACGUUCUUGAAAUGCGGUCACGGACCUCAAAACACGAGUUCUCAGGUUGAAACCAGAGGUUCAAAUUCUGGGUUCUUCGGAGAGUAUUCGUCAUACAAAAGUAAAAAUUCUUCGUCUGAAAUCAUGUUUUCUUCGGAAGAAAGAAACACAACUUCACGCAAAUCUUUGAAAGACAUUUUCAAAUGAAUUAUCCUGUCGGCGUUCGUGAUGGUUUCACGUUGGUUUGCUUAAUGAUUUGCGUUUGCCGCGUAAACCGCGUCUCUGAUCCAGUUCUGCGCGGCCAGCCAUGCCGUUCGUGAAUCAAGAACGUCUGGUGCUUAAGUUCCCUAAUAAGUUAUUGCGGGCGACAAGAGGAGCCUGCAAUCCUAAUCUCCAGAAUGAUACUGUGAUAUAAAAUAUACGUGAUAAAUGAGAAGAGAUAUUGCACUUGUCAUACAAACGCCAGUUCUUUUAUUUCGAACAAUGCCGCUUGACGUCUGCGUAUCUAUGUUUUGUUUUGUUCUGUUUUCAGAACAUGAAUGCCUCUGGAUUUAGAGUCUGUGUCAAAGAGUUGUUUGGAACCAGAUAUGAUCCCUUGUCAGUGAGUUAUACAGUGCUUGAAGGUUAGCAAAUACUGAAAAUUUGUCCUGAACUUCUUAGUUAUUUCGAAUAAACAUACAAAAAGACAUUAUUUUCGUAGGCUCUGUGCACAUGUGCACGUUUAAUCUCCGGUUUUCAGGUUAACAAACACAUUCAAGAGGAUUUUAUGCUAGCUGCCGUAAAAUUCCGAACAUAAAAAGGCCCCGAAUAUAAGCCCGCAAACUUGAGUCCCCAAAAGGCCUUUUAUAGCCCCCCCACCCCAUAUACGUGCCCCUGGAGAGGGUGGGGGGUGUUUAUUUGGGAAUCACUCUCACAAACGGAAAAUCGUUCCAUAUCGGAAUCCCAAAAGACAAACUCGGACAUGAAUCUUCACAUUUCAGACUUCUAUGAAUAAAUUUUGAACUACUGUGUCGUUUCAGGGUGAUACAUAGGAUCGGAAUGAAGGUGUUCUCAAACAAUUACACAGACGCAGUUAAUCGAUAAACCGAUAACCGAAAUUAAUCGAUAGUAAUCGAUAUCAGUCAUCGAUGAAUAUCGAUUUUUGAUAUCGAUCGAUAGAACUCGAUAAAGAAAAACUUUGUGACCUCGAUUAAUAUCAAUGAUUUUCCCAUAGAAAACGAUUAUUAUAUUUUUAUCGAUUUUGUUAAUCGAUAAUAAUCGAUAAAUGGUUUUUUCUGUGAUUUUGAUUUCUAUCGAUUUCCGAUAUCAAUCGGCGGAUUAAUAUCGAUGAUAUCGAUUGAUUUGCGAUAUUAAUUUUUAUCUAUUAAGUGCUUCUGGAAUUACGUAUGUAAUGUGAACGGGGUCUAACAAAAUGCUCGUUUAUACCUGACGACGCCCAGGACCUAAGGAUCCACGAAAGCGAAAGUGAUUUUAGGAUUUUUGAUAUUUUUACCACAUAUAGAUAACUGUGAUCCUGGCUGGAGCUACUUUAAAGGAUUUUGCUAUGCAAUCAGCAAGAAGUGCGCAAAUUGGACCGAAGCUCUGGCUAAUUGCCGGCAGGAAAACGCAAGUCUCGUCAAUGUCAACAGUAAUGAAGAAAACGUAUACAUACAACACCUUCACAAUGGGACAAAGUCCUGGCUGGGAUUAAAUGACAUUUCCAGAGAGGGAAUCUUCACUUGGGCAGGAAGCGGAGCAGGAAACUUCACAGCUUGGGCCAAAAACCAACCAAACAAUGUUGGUGAUGAAGAUUGUGCCCUUACACUUGGUGUUGGACACAAAUACAAGUGGAAUGACGUGAAGUGCAGUGAUUGUCAUCAGUAUACUUGUAAAAGAAAACUGAUCGGACACGGUACAUAAAAUGCUGCUUUAAUAAUAGUAAUAAUGAUAAUACAAUAAUCAACAACUUUAUUAACAUCUUGUAAAAACCUAUAAACAAAAGAAAAAAAACUGCAGUAGGGUAAUUAUAGUUCCUCGCCAUAUACAUAUAUGAAAUUCUCAAACUAAAAGCAUAGGAGUUAGUUGAAAAAUGUAUAUAUAUAAAUUCGUCCUAAACCAUGUGCAUGACAAAACCAUCCAUUAUGCCUAUCAACCUCUAAAAUUAAAACGUUUCUUUAAAAUGUUUCUAAAAAGAAAAAAGAAAGAUUAAUUCGGGCAGGCUCAAAAUUUUUCGAUCUGUAAAUCUGAGUCAACAAAGUCUAGCUGUCGUCUUCUGGAUCUUGAACCUCUCAAGCUUAGUAUCGCAGAGCGUACGAUGGCGAAAGACACUUUAGCUCUUAUCCAGGAAAUUACGCUUGAGCAACUUUCUCUCUUCUUAUCUGCAAUCAGCUCCGCAAGUCUGCUGUGGUAGUUAACACACUCAUCCGCCAUUCCGCCUUUGGUCGUGAAAACUAGGGGAGAGAACAAUCUCUGUUCGAUCUUUAUUACUCUUUCUGCAUACUGCCUCUUCUUCUCGUUCUUAUGUUUCUUGUAGAUCUGCUUGGGAGUCAAGUCUCUUUAAGAGUCUGCGUUGUGUGACACACCCGAACAUCGAAAAAUGCAGAUCUCUAUCUCUCCCAAAAGCCUUGAGCAAGAAUAUCCAAACGGGCAUCAGGGGCUUUGUUAGCGCCAUGAUUGGUUAAAAAUAUUCAGUGGUGAUCCGCUUCAAGAUAUGGAAUUCGGAUACCAUAUUUAUCUUAAUCAUAAUUAUAACAAAAUUCAAAAUUCUCAAAUCUGAUUGGCUAUCAACUGCCCUAAUUUCAGCACUAAUAGGACAUUGUAAUAGGACAGUACGCGUUAUGCUUAAGUCAUUAGGGACCUUACGAUCUGACAACCGCGACACCAAUGAAAACGUCACUGAAAAAUAGACUUCGCAGCCAUUCAAACUUUUUCGCGACUAUCCCAAGUCACCCAGUCAUUUGAAAGAAGGAAAUUUAAGUUGGAGCUGAGGAGAAGGGAACGCACCAGAGUUCAGACAAAGAUGGUAGAAUUUAUCGCCUUGCAUUUCCCGUUCUCAAGUCAACUUAGAAUUUGGUCAUUCCACGUCGCACUUUGGCUGGAACGACAAAGAAAUUUACAAAAAAGCGUGAUAUGCACGUGCAGAGUUGUUGUUUUGCUCAUUAAACCUAUUGCUUUUUUGACGUUCCCGUUGCCGUCGCCGUCGCCGUUGUAGUUCAUAAAUUUUGUUAUGAUUAAUUGGUAACAGAAUUUCGUGUUGUCCAAUUCGGUCUGUAAUCGUACUCGUUAUUAAACAAAUCACUCUUUGUUAAUCACUCGUAUGACUUCAGACCGAAUUGGACUCCACUAAGUCCUGUUACCAUUACUCGUCAAUCUUUCUCUCAGGUUUAGAAGAGUCUGCUAUUGUGGGAGAGAACAGGAACUACCUGAGAAUUUUAAUCAGUUGGUUAUCCCCUGUGGAGCAAAGCAGUAAUUCUCUCUGGAAACGCUGUUGGCGUGCAUCCGUGGACGGCUGGGCUGCAAAUACAUUUCACUACCAAUGUGACCGCAAGGGCCCGACUGUGACAAUAAUAAGGGUCGGGAGAUAUAUUUUUGGAGGAUACACUAGUGUAUCAUGGGGUAAGUGAGCGAGUGACGCUAGUCGUCGAAGAACUAUCAAUUAAAUAUUUAAUCUUAUUUCACCACGACACACUUACAAUAAUUAAAUCCAUCGAGCAAAAAUUUUGACGUAUAUUCUUGCAUUUCUUCCGUUCAGUUUUAGUGAGAAAUUUGGCUAUUUCGUCUUCGUUUAGCCGCGUGAACACUUUCGUCCUUUCUAUGCGUUCAUCCAUGCCAAAUAGCUAGGCUACUGCACGCCGCUGCCUGGAAACGAAUUUGCGAUUGUACUUUGGGACAAUAUACUAUCGCAUCGACAGUUUAUUGCUCGCAUCUUCCAAAUUUUGUCAGCGACAGCAGGUUAUGAAGAAUAAGUCAGCGAAUUAAAGCCAAUCAGAAACGGAGAAAUAUCCUGAAUGAAUAAUAAUGAAGAAUAUGAAAGUAUAGAAUAAGUGGUGAGGAGACCUCAAGAAACCGCCGUUCUUGUCCUAAGAGGUCCCCUCGAUGACAAAACUAAAUUAUUAAUAUCGGGUGGCGAGACUGUACCAGCAAAACUGCCCGUCUGUUAUUAAUUUGUUUGUUUUAUUUACCUUUACAUAUUUUCAUUAAUUGUUGGGAAGAUCAAGAAGAUUUCUUUUGAAGGAAGAUAAGAGGUACCGCAAAUGCUUGAAUUAGCGCCGAAGGGCGAAUAUUGAAUUUUUUUGACUUGAGAUCGAAAGGGUCGCUUAUUUGAAGGGGGGCGCUUACCGUAUUUAUUCGAUUAACCGCCCUGGGCGCUUAUUAAAUUUUUGGACCUUGAGAGUAUGCGCUAAUUCGAGGUGAGUGCUUAUUCGAGGCUGGGCGCUUAUUAAAUUUUCAACAUCUUAAGCAAGUGUAGUAUGUUUAUUUUGCAACAAAACAAUAAAUGGUAAUAACAAAACGCGAAGAUGUAACAAAGCAAGGUUCCUGUAAAAUACUUUGAAGAAAACUCCAUCUUCGGGGAAGUCUCUUAUUAGUUUUAGUACUUAUUCAAUUAUGGGAGUGUGGUGGCUUAUUUGAGUUUGAGUGGGAGGGGGGUGGGGUGGGCGCUUAUUCGAGGCUGGACGCUUAUUAACUUUUUCUGCCUUUAGGAUGGGCGCUUAUUCGAGGUGGGCGCUAAUUCGAGGUUGGGCGCUUAUUCGAAUAAAUACGGUAUUUCGUUCUUCAGAAUUCCAGCCUCGAAACGACCUUGUCUUUGUUUCAAAUGAACACUUGUAACGCUAAACAGGAAAACGUAAACAUUACUUUCACUAGAAACCAAACUUUGUGCGUUUUUGGUACUCAUUUUUCGCUUUUAAUGUCCUGUAGUCACUAAGUUCUUUCGCAAUCCUUGUCAGAGGUAGACUGCGAGCAGUCUCUCUCUUUCUUCAGAUUUAGUGAGAGCAAUGCACGCGCGCGGGAGCGGCGAAGCCGCGAGUCACGCGCGUGGCCAUUUGCGUGUUUGCUCGACGGACUACAGAAAAAAGAGAGACUGCUAGUAGUCUAUGUCAGAGGAGCCGCGUCUUCUACAUGCGACAGUGUAAUGUCCUCAAAUUAGCCAUUCUCUAGUUUACUAUCGUCCUUGUAGGGGGUGUUAGCCCUUUGCCGAUGGAUCGGGCCAAUUUCGUUCCGUAUGGAACGAUGCAGAUUAUGUAUUUCCGAACCCCCCUUAGCUUCCGGUUUAAGUUAUUAAGUUGCUAAGCAACGAAUUAAGGAACGAUAGAUCUUAUCACCGAUACCUCAUUUUGGAAAUUCUAACCAAUCCUGCCAGAGCUACACGCAAGAAACCUACUAACAUUUUGAGGAAAAAUACACUGCCAAUUUCGCUAUUCACCGACUGCUCUUUGCAAAUUAAAUUUCUCCCUUUCCUGACUUAGAAUAGAAAGAAAGAUUGAAAUAUAUAUUUGCAAAAGUAUUUCCAAAUUUUGGCUUAAGCGAAUGCACCAAAAAUGAAGCUUAACUGGCGGGAAAAUAUCCAAAUGGUUAAGGGGGCGCUAAUUCAGGCAUUAUCGGUAACUGAAGGAGGAAAAGCAUUCCGUUUUCUUGUUUGAAACUGUAUGAAGUUCGAAGGGUACAUAGAAUGUUGUGCCUCUCGUAGCACUACACUGACGGUAACUGAUAUAACUGACAAAGAGAGAAUCGAAUUAACUCUGAAGUGAAAAUUCAAGUGCGACAAUUAACCAUUAAACCCCACUGAGCGUUAUUCCCAGUAGAGGGAAUUAGGGGACCAUACUAGGCAGGCAAGGGAAGAAAUCUUUUAAAGUCGAUGGGAUUUGAACUGGCACGACCUCUGGACUAGAUCUACCGUAGCUUAACCGACUAAGCUAUGAGGCCUGAGGAAGCAAGUCGUCGGGGAUUAAAAGGUGGUGGAUCAAAGCGAGGAAAGAGUGUGAGGGGUACAUAGAACGUUGUCCCGCAUAGCACUAGUAAGAACAAAUGAUGGAAUAAAGACCCUCUUUCUUCGCCACAGUAACUGUCUAAGAGCCUUUUUCUUGUAUACCUGCUUGCCUUAAAAAAGGUACAUUAUACGGGUGGCUUCGCUGUGAGUACUAAGACAAUGUUGCUAUUAGCACUUAGUUCUUUUUCUUUUCUUUCUUAGGUUCUGAAGGCUAUGCCCAUCGUUUUAAAUACUACUCAAGAGACUCAAAAGCGUUUUUGUUUUCACUGGUGAACAAGCCUGGAUGGGCACCUGCCAAACUGCCCCUGACAGGGAGAUAUUCAUAUAGAUACUCCAUAUACGUUUCCCCCUACAAUGGGCCUACAUUCGGAAGUGGAUUCGACAUUUACAUUUCCAACUACGCGUCGUCCAAUAGCUAUUCUUACAGCGAGCUUGGCUAUACUUACAGCCCACCUAGCGGGUACAGCUACCGCAGCACCUUCGCCCGAACAUUCCUGGCAGGAACUUACGGGUUCACACCAGACGAAGUAGAAGCUUUUUAA